AGUAGCAACUCGUUCGUAAAGCUGUUCAGCAUCCAAUUUUUCGGCUGGACAGUGUUUUAUGUUCAUAUAUCCACUUGUGGACAUAAACCGUUUUGGGAAGGGACGCAACGGAAACCUCGUGCUCCAUGACGUUUCACUUAGGGACAUCCGGGGUCAAAACUGUAACUGCGAGAAGCAGCAUUCGAAAGUGCACUGCUGCGCCCAACCCUGUACCAACUAUGCACGGAAGCCUUGAGAGGUGGUCGUGAAAUGUUAAAGGUUGACCCUGACUCCCUCGUGGCAGGGUUUGGACCACCUGAAAGAGUCAUCCUGGGAACAAACGGGUUGCGACAUGUACGGCACGCAGGGCCAAGACCUGCCCACGCCCGACCCUUCGGACGACCUCAUCUACGGCGGGUUCUUCGGGUGCUCCAACACCGUGUGGCCGGUAGCCUGCCAGCAGUCACAACAGGUCCAGGUGGAAGAACAGAGCCCAGACUCCGGAUACUGGGAGAACAACUCAUGGCAGAGGCUACCUUCGUGCGAGCAACAGGCCUGCGGUGCAGAUGUACUGAGCAUUGCUGCCGCGACUCAGGCGCCGAUGGAGAUCGCUCCGGCGCCGGUAGAAUCUCCCAUGAGCUCCUGCACCCCUGGGCCCAUGAAUCCUCCUCCUACUCCUCCGUCCCCUACGGACACGUGCUACUUCACCCCCGUACGAUCUGUACUCAUCAAAAACUGCCUCAAGCUCACCAUCAAACAACGAAGAGAAGCGCAGGGCCUCGGUGACAUCGCUCCAGAAUACAAACCUCCUUCGAUAGAUACGUUGACGCAGGAAGACGAAGAGAAGCGGAAUAAGCGGCGGGAACGGAACAAGAUAGCUGCUUCCAAGUGCCGGAACCGGAAGAAAGAACGCACGGUGCGCCUCGCUGAGGAAUCGGAACACCUUCAGAAGGGAAAUGCAGACCUUCGCCGUGAACUGCUGGCUCUCCAACAAGAAGUCCAACAGUUGACGCACGUGCUUCGAACACACGCAUGCGUCUGUCCGGGGGCCUUCACAAACAACAACAGAUAGAAGAUCCGACCAAGGGCAACAACACGGAGGAAAAUGUUUAUCGGAUAUAUUUUUUUUAUAAGGACAUUGUCUUUUACAGUCAUCCUCACUCACCUCUCGUGCCUAGCAAGUAGUCAGCCAGUGCAACGUGAGCUCAAGUCAUGAUCAUGUCACGCUCAUGUGGUACGAAGUCACGUUAUAUUCCUGCAACAUGGCUUACCACGCCACUACAUUAUGGAUCUGCUUUCUAUCGUUUCUUGUUUGACGAUUUUGUUUUCGGUUUACCGGGAUUACCGGUAGUGGGUUUUUGCGGGAGUUUCACGUUGUGUGCUCGAAUCUAAUCUGCGUAUCUGAUGUGAUAUUAUCGUUGUGUGGAUAGAGAUCUGUGUGUGAUUGAUCGUGAGCAUUCUGUGGACACACUGUAGAUUUUUUAAAUGUUAUUUUGCGUUCAGAUUUUUUUGUACGACGUAUUUUGUGUGUAUUCAUGGUGACACGUAUCGAUGUUCGAUGCAGUUGGAAUCGUUUCCGACCCCCCCCCCAAAAAAAAAAGAAAGAAAGAAAAAGAAGUUAAACACGGAGGAAGCGAUGUUGUUCUAUACCUAUAGAACAAAGUGCGUUGCCCGUUUGCAGAAGUGCUAAUGUUCCUCUUUUCGUGCUCCAGAACGAUCUGUGCGUGCGUUAAAAACUAAGGUUUGUCCGGAGAAAGUAAACAAAAAGAAAAAAAAACUUUGGCCUAUGCGAAAGCGCGCCCAUUUAUUCGUUAAGCCAGAACACUUUCCACACACCUGCAUGCGUUGUGAUUUUUCUACAGGAGGACCCGAUCUCGUCAGACCACUCAAAUCAAUUCAGUACAAAUUUGAUUACUACAUGCUUUCGCUUUUCUUGCCGAAAAUGUAAACGUUCCCAAUGAGCACCGUGGUACUGAAAGUGCGAGUGCAUAGGGGACGAACGAGUAGUUGAAAAUAGUUACUUCGUGCGCAGCUCUGCGUACGCUUACGAUCACAAAAUUCAUUAUGAAGGUACCCCAUGCGGUCACUCCGACGGUGCAGCUUGGGUUACAACAACAUAAUUUCCCAAGGAUUAUACUUUUUGUCCCUCCUCUGGAGAUGGUAAAAUGUGAAAGGGCUAGAUGACGUUUUGCACAGGAUACAUUUUAUGUUAAUGAUUAUCUCGGUCAUAACUCAAGGGCACCUCCUCACCCAAGCGACCCGCUGCUCGUGAUCCGUCGACAUCAAUUCGAUCUCCACAUGCGCUAACCAUCUCACACUGUAUUCACGUUCACUCGUCCACCUUUUAUUCGCCGCAUACGAAUAUUCCUUCCUCGGCGCACUCAUUACCCAACGGGCAUACACAAACAUAUCCAUCCUGUCAUUCGUUUUCUUCGGGGCCCAGGGCCAGCACACGUGCUUGGCAGGGCUUCUUGAAAUCGGCAUCUCAUUUGAGCACCAUUGCCUCGCGUGGUGCAAUGAUUUUUUGAGGACACCCGCAACUGUUGGGUGCUCCCGCAUGAGAAGAAAUGCUCCCAGCGAAGCCGGGGUCUUAUUUUUAGAGAGAAAGUAUUACUUUGCGCUUGCACAAAAGCGUGCCUUCCAACCCCUUUCUUCUGCCGCGACCAGUAUUAUUGCCCAAGUGGAAACAACGUGCGAUUUAUGGAUAGGGGGCCAUUUUGAAGUGUGAAGUUUUGAGUUCGACGUUCUUGUGUGGACUGUGGUAAAUCAAUCCUGCGGGCUCGUCUCGCGGGUGCCAACUGUAGAGACUUCAGUUGGUGAGUAAUUGCGGUAUUGGUAGACUUUCAAAGCAUGAAAGAAAAUUUGGAGUGCUCGUAUAGCAGACGACACCUCUAGCGAUGCAGACGACAGAUUGUCACGUGUUACGCGAUCGCGUUUUUAUUGGUCCAGCGGGAUCCUUUUCGGCGUCUAUUAAUAUACCUAUUUCAGAGCUUCCCAAUCUUGUUGACAGCCGUCAAUACCGUCCUUCUGAAACACACACACACACACACAAAUAAAUGUUAACGUUUCUUUAGAUUUCGUACUUAGACCCUUGUUUACAAGCUCGAACAAUCUAGCACGCUUACGUUUACUAAAAAGAAAACAAGAGAGAGACAGAAACGCAGUUUCCCCCUUAAAAUUUGAUCUGCUAAUGAAUGGAUGUACAGUGUAUAUUUUGUUGAGUUUACUUCGUUGAAGAGUUUAUGUAUGUUUGCAGUUUUGAUAUUUUAUCUCUUUGGUUGCUAUUUUUGUAGAGUGAACGAUGAUUCUGUUUGUGCUUGAUUCUCUCCCUUCACCGUUUGCCUUUAAUACUUCCCCACGUUGAACUGCACAAGUGUACAUAUCAGGGUGCUGUACGAUAUUUGACGAAACGUCUCAUGGCGUUGUCGUCACAGGUUUGUUGUUGAUGUUGAUGCAAGUUCAUAGUGCGUUUGAAGAUUGAGAUCUGUUGAUUGAAUCUUAAAGAAGAGUAUGCCAACUUUAGUUAGUGGCCAUUUCGAAGAAUCAGAUAAUGCUUCCUCCUAGAAAUAUCUGAGCACUGAGACUCGUGAAACACGGGACCAGUGUUACACAUGCACGUUGUAUGCUCGUUUUAAAAAAGUAGUUUUACUUCGUAGUUCGUACCAGAUUUUGGUGUUUACGCAUAGAAACUUUGACGCGCUCUUUUUAUACUAAAACUUACGCUGUUACAAAGGUCUAGGAAAGGAUUUUACGUCGCGCCAAAAUUGCGGACAUAUCCGGCACAUCUUGCACCUCCAACGUAUUCUAUAUACAGGGUGCUUCUUUUUAUCCUUUGCAGAUUUUCAUUAAAAAAUCUAUGUGGCCAGCGUAGGCGGUGUCGUCGUUUUUGCAGUUGAGCUAUACGGCCACCCUCUCAAAGAGAUGACGAAAUUACGUAAAAUUCAUUGACGAACUCUUUAUUUAGGGUAUUCCGGGCAAAAGCGAAAUGACGGAAUGGGAGACAAUCCUUUUUGAGAGUCAUUCCAUCUUUUUAAAACUCUGAAACGCACGCGUGCCGCGAAAUAUCGCCGAAUUUUGCUAUGCAAAUGAGCCGAAACCGAAACCAAAACAGUGCGCCUCAGGAACGCAUGGCCUCCGGCAGCGGACGCUUAUCUAAUCUGGGCCGCAAAUCGUUUGAUCUGGUUUGAUAGGCAGAUAAACCUUACGUGUAACAUCAAAACACCAUUAUUAUUGUUUAUUAUUAUUAUUAUUAUUAUUAUUAUUAUUAUUAUUAUUAUUAUUAGCGCCAUUUCUACGCACGUGCGCGUUUCAGUAUUUAUUAAGAAGCGGAAUCGCUUUCAACGAGCAUAGCCUCUCAAUCUCGCUUGUGCCCGAAAUCGCCAAAUUUAGGAGUUAAUUAAUAAAUUUUAGGUAAUUAGUGAUCUUGUAGUUACAUACUCUCUCCGAGAGGUCUCAACUGCAAAAACGAUGUCUAUGCUACUCUCGUAGGUUUUAAUUUAAAAAAAACUGUAAAGGAUAAAGUUUCAAAGCUCAAUUCAGUGCUGCGUUUUAUUCCCUGAUUUGCGAAAUGACUAUAAGGUUGCUCAUGUUAAUUCACGUGGCAAUCUCAAAUAAGUAGAACAAGUCGUGUCGUGUUCGUCCUUUCCUUCCUUGUGUCGGGUUCUUUUCGUCACCAUGUGCCAGGUCUACCGUUGAAGAUAUACAACUUUGGAAAGAAUAGAGCCCGCUGUACUUACGAUUGACGGGUGUUCAAACCCAACUUAAAGCAGCUGAGCUGGGCUCACACUGGACUUAAACUAUGCAAAUGGAACUUAAAGGUACUGUAAAGCAGUAGACAAGCAUGAUAUGCCGGUGAUGUGACUAGAGACUUUGUUGCUUCUAAAUAUCAUAUGCGGAACCAUACGAGCGACAACGCGCUAUAAAUAUUUUAAAUUUGCCAUGAAAAAUGUGGCGUAGUGGAGCGGUGCGACGCCUGGUGUCAAACAACCCCCUGUACAGCGAGCAACACUGAAAAUUGGUAUUACACACUAUUACAUCGGAACUUUGUUAUUUUAGUAACCAUAUUAUUAGUUUCCCUGUUUACCUAUGCAUUCUGAAACCCCUGCUAACAGUGUUUUUUGCGAAGUAACCCAGCGCUGGCUGCUGUUCGAUGGAGGCUCUCCCUACUGCGCCUGCGCGCUCCUUCUGUUCGCGGCCUCUUUCGAACGAACAAACUCUCUCUGUGAACCUUUGUGAACAAACAAGUCCCGACGCUGUCUGGCUUCUUGAACGUCUGACAUAUUUUUUUUCAACGGCUCAGCAUUUUAUUUCAGUUCGCUUAUCCGUUUAUCCUCAGAUGUGGAUCGGUGUGUGAAUUGCAGGAACGGAUUUUAUGGUGGAUUAUGGUGGAUUGUUAUGUUGGGCCCAGUGUUAUACGCAUGCAAUGUGGUUGCCGCCGUAUGUGGCAGGAGUACGGAAUCAUUUCGAAUACCUAGUACAGUGUUGCCCGUAAUCUUUAAUUGUAAUUUUCUAAUUAAUUGCACCGGCGAUUGGAAUGAAACUUGCGCAGUUUUUGUCCUGGCGGCCUGGACUAUCGAAUAGCCACACUAAAUGACAUUUGAUCGGUGCUGCUUUACAGUACCUUUAAACAUAUACAGUACUGACUUCGUGCCUUAUCUACUGAUACAAACACACGAAGCUUUUGCGCAACCACACAUAUUUGUACAUUGCUUCUCCCGUUUACCAUGAUCGAGGUGUUGAGGCAAAAAACCAGUUUAAGGAUAAUAUUUUCUUUCAGUUGUGGCAUGCCUUAUGCAUGUGCAUUCGGAGCAGCACGUUCUCAAUACAUUCCACAUGCCAUGAUGUAAAUGCGGUACUUGUUUGAGUGUGCAUUAUAUUAGCCUACUUAGCACCCUGUGUGUUUUACAUGGGUGCGAUUUUUUAACACGUAACUCCACUCUUGUGGAAUCCUGAUGCGGUGCUCAACGAUGCUUCAGUGCAUUAUUUUCGUGCGUGUUACGCGGAAGUCGCGGUGCCAUCCACUUGCAUGUAUACCUACCUACACGGCGCGACUUUGGUACAACGAGCUGGAAGACCAGUGAAUCUGAUGUAGCUCUCUUCCCCAUAUUUUGUACAUAUAUAGAAUCGUGAGAGUUGAGAUGAAUAAAUAUCUGAUUGUUGUUAUUGAA